AUGGGGAUACGCCACAUUGAGUUCGAUAUGAAUGAGCUAGCAAAGCGCGCCGCUGAAUCAAUCGGCUUCACAUACACACAAUGCACUCGGAUCGAGAAGUUUCCUGAUGGGAUGUUCAAUAAGACCUUCCUUUUCACAAUGCAAGACGGUACCCAAGUCGUUGGUAAAGUACCGAAUCCGAACGCAGGGCUGUCCCACUACACUACUGCCAGCGAAGUGGCAACCAUGGAUUUUGCCAGAAAUGAGCUACAAACCCCUGUACCUAAAGUGCUAGCUUGGAGCUCUAAAGCAAAAGACAACUCAGUUGGUACUGAAUACAUCAUAAUAGAAAAGGUCCCUGGUGUCCAGCUUGACAAAGUUUGGCCAGAGAUGGAUAUCAAGGAAAGAUUUGAACUCGUGAAAACAAUUUCGGGAUAUCAGAAAACCUGGAUGUCAACAUCUUUUACCCAAUACGGCAGUUUAUACUACUCAUCCGCCAUAGAUGAUACCGAUGGAUGCAACCUUGUGAAGGAGGAUGGGUCUAUAGUCAAAACCCACCGGUUUGCUGUUGGCCCGUCGACGGGCCGAGAAUUCCUCGAUGAUGGUAGGAUAGCGUUGGAGUUUGAUAUGGGUCCCUGGGACUCAGUGGAGCAGUACAAGUCGGCAGUUGGCCUCCGAGAAAUUGCCUGUGUGCAGAAUAUGGCUCAAUUACCUCGAUCACCAUUGUCGCUAUAUGGGCCCGGCACGUAUAGUCGCUCUCCUGCUCUUCAGAACUAUCUUCGUCUUGUGAAGUAUCUUCUUCCCACAGAUAAAUCAAUUACCUCUGCAGUUCUAUGGCACCCCGACCUCCAUGCUGAGAAUAUCUUCGUCCGCCCGGAACGGCCUUCAGAAGUUCUAGGCAUCAUAGAUUGGCAGUCAAGCGAGAUUCUACCUCUUUUCGAUCACGCACGUCAGCCAUAUUUCCUGGAUUACAAUGGCCCUCCUUCAACAGGUCUUGAUCCACCACCAUUUCCGCAGGAUUUCGCUGAGCUCAAUCCUGCCGAGCAGGCGAGAGCUCAGGACCUCUAUUUGAAAAUGGCACUCUCAGCUUUAUACCGAAGGUUCACUCAUAACACUAACACGACGUUAUUCAAAGCCAUGGAGUUCCGGCAGACAACCAGCUUUGAGAUGAUGCUGUUCGCUCAAAAUCUCCUUAUUGAUGGUGAGGCAUUAUAUCAAUCGCGAUGCCUUGACCUUGAAAAUGAAUGGACAAAUCUUCCGGGCGUGCGCGCUUCUGGAGAUCCGCCAUUUCCUUUGCAGUUCUCCGCAGACGAGGCUGAGUCAAUUCAUGAAGAUGUUUCUGGUACAGCUAGAGGAAUGGAAUUGAUGCGAAGCUUGAGAGAGUCGCUGGACGAACUAUGGCCUGACAAGGGCGUCGUACGGCCAGAGAAAUAUGAUGAAGUCAAAAGACUCUUGAAACAGGCAAAGGCAGGGCUGAUUGGUCAAGUGGCACACUCUGAAGCAGAGAGACUUGCGUGGGAGGAAGCAUGGCCAUUCGACGAUUGA